AUGGAGCCAGCAAGCACACCGGAAGUGGGCAAGAAAUUAUGGCACAUAUUACGAGUUAUAUUCUACAUGGUAAGAAAGAGCAUAUCAAAGAGCAGAAUAAUGGUUGAUCUCCAUUUGAUGCUAAAACGAGGUAAUAAACUAGCAGAAAAAGCCAUAUGCAACCUCAUGUUCCACAACUACCACCACUCUUCUUUCAGUUGCCGCUCCAAUGACGCACUUUCUUUCAUUUCCCCGCGAGAAUACGAGUUUAGCUGCAGCAACAGCCCGGCUAAUUUCAACCCUUUCUACACCCACAAACGCAAGCACCAACUCAACCUUUUUGCCAAGUCUUACAAGUAUAACGACGUCACCACUGUUGCUGCUGUGCAAAAGAUGCUUGAAAUGUUAAACAAUCCUGAGGUAGCCAGCGCCGUUGAAGCAUCACCAUUGUCGCUGCCAGGAUUUGGAAAGAGUCCUAUGGUGAGGCAGUUGAGAAUAACUGACUCGCCUUUCCCACUAAAAGAUGAAGGAGACAGUCAAGUGGACAAGGCAGCUGAGGAAUUUAUCAAGAAGUUCUACAAGGACUUGAAGCUCCAAAAAACCGCUGCUGCCGCCCUUGAAUCACCGUACAAUGGCAUGUGGGGCAGAUAA